CUCGCGCUCGCUGGCGGAGUGUUUACACACACACACACACACACUACGGAGAGCGCGGAACGACGCAGACGCUUUAUUUAUGAUAUCCAGAAGUGUCACUGCCUGCUCUCUCUGCACCUGGCUUUCGUUUGUUUUGGUUUUUCGUUUCGUCCAAACCAAACAAUGUUAGUUUGUUAGGAGCUGUUCCGUUUGUUAAGCGCAGGUCCGUGUCAGUUUCUUGGCGGAUCGGAGGCACUGCGAUGCCCUCUGAUUUCACGUCGCUCUUUAGCGCGGAUAUCGACCUCGAUUCGCCCAAGUCCCUCUACUCCAAAGAAUCGGUAUAUGAUCUUCUCCCGAAAGAGCUGCAGCUGCCGUCUUCUAGAGAGCAGAACGCAGCCGCUAUGAGUCAGAAAAGUGGUGGAGAGGCAGGACCUCCGCCGUCGAUGGCUCUCGCCACAGGUAAGCUUUGUUUUCGUAUUUUAAACCAUCUUUUCUCUCAGAUGCUGAAGACUGGAGCUAAGGCUUGCAUCGUGAUGCAUAUUCACCUGCCCACAUAUUUUGUGGUUGAUUAAUUUGGUCUUUGACAGGUGGUUUGAGGGAAGGGUGUGGUGACAUCGGAGGAAACUCGUUUCAGAGGUGGACCAAGCUUUUGAUAAAAGAUAACAAACAACUAACAUUUAUUUUUAUUUUUUUGAAGUAACAUGCACCGAAUGCAAUGAAUUGUUCACAAUGGGACCAGAAAAUAGGGACAUUUACGCACAGAAAGCUGUUUUAAUGGUAAAUAUCAAAAUAAUACUCUGUUAUUUAAUCAGGAAAAUAUAUCUGAUUGCAUAUACGGGUUUGUGGUCUAAACAUAAUCUUGUUACUUUGUGAAUGUUGGGCCUUGCUGAAUUUUUUAUAUUUUAAAAUUUUUUUAAGGAAAACCGGCAAAAAUAAAUAAAAUAAAUAAAUAAAUAAAUAAAAUUUAAAGUGGGGGAAAAAGAUAUUUCAGAGAAAACAAAACUUUUAUUGGGGCAUCAGAGUAGCAAAUAUUUUUUUGCAAAUAAUAAUUAAAUAUCAAUAUUUAAUUACAUUUAAAUCAAAAGCAUUUUUUUAACUUGGUAUUUAACAUACUCAACAUUAAUAAUAAUAAUAAUAAACACAUAAAAAUAAUUUUGCAAGUCUUGCUUUAUGAAUUUCCAUUUGGCCUGCCGGCAUUAUUCUAGCUUUGUGAAUGAACAUAAUUGGCUCUGUGCCUCUUAAGUCCCAAUUUUGCUCAGAAAAAGCAAAAACAAAACAAACAAACAAACCCUGAAAUUAAUUUAAACAAACAAACAAACAAACAUGCAUACAGUACAAUCAUACAUACAUUAAAAUAAAGAAAUAAAUAAAUCUGUUCAGUAUAAAAUCUGUUUGGUAUAAAAUUACAGUAAGAAUAUUUGAAUUUUUUUUUUUGGGGUAUGAAAUUCCAGUCUGCAUUAACAUUCUAUAUACAAAACAUAUUCAUGUAUAAUGCAUGUAUAAUUGGCAAUUAUUACAAUUUCUCCUGACUUGCAUUGAACACUGAGGAAAGAAUCUGUCCACAGUGAAAACACUCCUCAGAACUUUUCUUUUGAGUUCCUAUUUGUACAUUCAAAAUGCAAUUCACUUUAGUUUCUUUUACUCUGCCCCUUUAUCAAAGUGCCCAGGUUUAGGGUGAGUUUCUGUAAACCAGAAGUCUGUUGCCUUUGGACAUCUGUACCUAACUGCAGCCAAAUGCAUCCCUCUGACGAGGCAGGACAUGCUGGCUGCAGCUGAAGGAAGGUGACGUAUUUUCCAGCUUAAAUGAAUUUCAUUGUGGGAUUUUAGGUUUCACUGCAAAUUGGACUUGCUUCUUCUGGCUAUUUUGUCUUCUAGUUUAAUUCAUAUUUUAUUUGUGUAUAAUUUUAUUGUUUAUUUGUGUAUAUAAGCAAUUAAACAAGUGCUCUGGUAUUUUCUGUUUGUUUGACCUGUUUGACAUUUGUUUUUCUUUGUUUGCUUGUAGUUUUGUGGUUUUGUUUUGUUCAUUGUUUUGUUUUUGGUCGUUUUGUUUUGUUUAUUUAUUUAUUUCUUUGUGUUUAUUGUUUUGUUUUGUUCUUUUGUGUUUUGAUGUGUCAUGUUUUGUUUUGUAUCUACCUUUUUGUUUAGUGAGGGACGACUCUUUUGCCACAUUCAUGUCCCUUCAAAUAUUGUCUUCCCGCUGUUGAGUGUGUAUAUUUUGGGUUCAUGUGUGUAUCAUCGUCUCUAACCCUAGCCUUUUAUUACCUUUAUUAUCUUCUCUUUUACACUCAAUAAUAGCAAAACAUACAUGCAAGGUAUUGUUCCUUUCUCAAGAUAACCUUUCAUGUGGUUUUCAUUCUACUUGUUAAAAAUAAUGGGCCAGUAAAUAAUUUUUUUUUAAUUAUAAUGUAAAGUAAGGUUUUUAAUUUAGUUUGUCCAUGUGUUUUAACGAAGCAUUCUAGAUGCUUAUCUGUUCAUCAAAAUUGAUAUUUUGAGGCUCAACAUAUAAAUUAACUGGAAUAUACACUAAUGGUUAAAAGUUUGGAAUAAUUAAGAUUUUUCAUGUUUUUGAAAAGAAGCAUUUUCAAAAGUAUCAAAAAUACAGUAAAAAAGUAAUAUUAAUAAUAUUAAUUUUCCCUUGUAGAAUAAAAGUAUUUAUUUACUUUUUUCCUGUCUAAUUAAAUGUAAAUGUUUAUUUUUCUUCUGAGAGGGAAUCAACUGCAAGAAUUCUUCUGCCUAAAUCAAUAAAAGUGUAAUUCUCUCACUGCUCGCCUGCAGGAAUGUGUGUCCUCCAUUGGUGAAUUCAGAUUACAUUUUCGUUUGGCCCCUCGGGGCCCCUGUUGGCUUGUGUAACAGUUUCUAUCAAAACUGAAAGCUCUGAGGGCUCAGUAUAACUCAACACACUCAGGUUGCUGUGUUAAGUUGGCCAUUUGCUGAGUAAAGAGUACAGUGCAGGCCAGACUUAUGAAUCAGAGGGGUUCUUGUAACUCUGACACAGAUUGUCCAAAGUUGAAUAUACUGUCUGUUAUUUAAUUUCGGUUUAUCAUCUUAUGAAUAUGAAUCUUUUUUGACUCUGCUGAGUUUGUCUAACCUGCAAUUUUCCAUAUUAACAUUCUCAAAUUCCUAUCAAAGGUUGAUUUGCAGCCACUUUCAGCCAACUUAAAAAAAGAGAUAGACGCUGUGUGUUUCAGUGUCUGUAUUGUUGCACGCCUGCCAAGAGGUUGCAGCAUAAUGCAUAAUGAAAAACUCUGGCUUUGUAGUCCUCCGCCAGAACAGGGUUUCAAUUAAUAAAUAAUAAUUUCAAUUAAUUAACAGUUCUGCACAAACAUAGGAGCAGAUGACUCAAAUGUCACUGUAUCAGAUGUCAAACUGGCAAAUCGUUUCUCCCUCAUCUUGAUGUGACAGAGAAUGAAAAUAAGAAUGGGAAAAUAAUCAGUUUUUUUUUUUGACGCAUAUGACUCUAGCCUUCAGAAACAUAAUAUAAAGAUAUGAAAAAUACAUUUUAUGCCUUUGACUCAAAAUCAAAUGGUUGAAACUCAUACAUGUCACACCUACAGUUGAUUCGGUUCAGGAAGGACGAUUUCAGUAUAUUGAAUACACAAUGGUUUGUGGUUACUAUUGUUGUCACAUGUCAGACAGUAUUUCGCACAUGGAAAGAGUUCUUCCUGAUUUAAUUAUGUACGGCUUGACCACACUUCCUGUGCAUGCAGGUGUCUUCAUGUUUAUCAUGCCACAUUUGUGCAGCAGUUUGAUCAAUCCCAUUAAACUAAUUCAUUUAAACUGUUUAUGCUGUGAGACAGAACAACAAAUCUUAUAAAUGAGGAUAAGGCAUAAAUAGCAAGGAAAGUUUAAAUAAAGCAUGUUUUGGGAUAAAUGCUGAAUGUGGCUGCAAAUCAUUCUCUCUGAUUAAUGUGUGAGUAUUAUUGUUUCACUGGGUGUUAACAAGGUUUUGUUACUGUUGCUGUAGAAUCGUUGUUGUUAUUUGAAUCAAUUCUGUCUUGUUUUUAGACCAGCGGUAUAGUGUAGAAACUAAGCUAUUGUGGAUGCAUCCUCUACCAUUAUGAUUUGCAUAUGAGCCAUCAAAUGGUAAAAACAUGGGAAGUCACAUUAUAUAGUGCUUUAUACGUAUAAGCUUCACAUUAAUGAAAAGGAAAUCAUGAGGUUUUUUAAAGAGCACAUUCUGAGAUAGCAACAUACAGAAUUUGAGUUUGUUUUAUAGGGAGGGGCGUCAAGCUCACCCCAUUGUUAUUGUUAUUCAGUUGACUCAAUGUCUCAUUCAAAUUACAUCAUCCAUAUUGUAUUGGUUCAUAGGCUUUUUUUCAAACAAAGGAGCCAAGCUCCAACGGUAGACAUGAUAAACAAAAGCUAUCUUUUUUUAUUUUUGUAUUCAACCCAUCUGGCUGUUUCUCGUGUUGUUGAGUCUUGGCAGCUGUCAGAGUUUGGCAGCAUGGUUUGGUGGUUGAAGGUCUAGAUUACUCAAAUGUUGGUUGGUACCACCCAUGAUGCAACUCGUGAACCAUCCUAGUUUUGCAAUGUACAUCAGAUCCUUUUGGUGCUUGGCCUCAAAGCACUUUCAUUUCAUCAUCUUGCAGUACAACAGAUGAAUGUCAAAGAAAAAUUGUCAUUGUAUAAGGUUUAAAGAGUUAGUGGAUAUUCAACAACAUCAUUUUUGAAACACAAAUGAGGAUACUUUUAAAAUUCUCUCAUUUUUGCCCAUCAUUUUGUAAUCCAUAUGAGUCAAGCGGUUUAAUCUUCAAAGUCAUGAAAAAAGACAUGAUCGCGUAUGAUGUACAGAUUUAAGUUAGGCUUUUAUAUAAACAUUUAUCAGUGCACGUGCAAAAAGCUCAUCAAAUAUGGUCAAUAGAAGCUAAACGUGCUUGCUUAACAUGAAAAAAAGCAUACAUUUGUUUAUGGAAUUCUAAAUUAAAUUUGUUCAUUAUAUGAAGCAAUCAUGUUUCUUCAGAGGACUUUGAUUCAUAACAGCUCUAUUCAUAUGCUUUAAAAUAUUGCGUUACUCCAUAAAAAAGUAAUUGUGUACUUUUCAUAGAAAAUAAUGCUUUGCAUUACUUCUGCAUUACUUUUUGUUACCUGAGCUGGGCUUCCUUAUUUAUUUUAAUAACAAAGAACCCAAAAGUAAUAUUUUUGGAAACUGAACUUUUUAGAACAAAUAAAAAAUUUUGGUUGUGUGGGCUUUCAAAGGAUGGACAAAAAAUUAUGUAAAUAAACGUAAGUCUUAUAUGGGUUUUGAACAAUAUGAGGAUGAGUAAAAUUAUGAUUUUUUGGGGGGGCAGAAUUGUUUUUCAAUUUCGUUUUAUUCUCUAAUAUGCACAUUUAUGCGAAACAAACAAUUAUUGAAUAGGUCUUAUACCACAGACAGGAUUCAUGUACCCUUUUUAAAACUACUGUAUAUGAAUGCUUUACCUCAUCCAUUUGUUUAAAUGAGGUGUGGAUGUUGUGUAGCUUGAUUUUCAAGGCAAAUUAAUACGGAAAGGCUAUUAGAUGCACUAAAAAAAAUUGAACAAAGCCUUCUUCAUUUUAAUAUAUUUUAAUGGUCAGCUUUUAUUACUCAUUGGUUGUCUCAUUUUCAUUCCAGGAAUUUCUCUCUGAAGCAGGGAGUGUCUGCAUACAAAAUGCUCUGCAGUUUUCUGCUUCAUAGAUGCAUCGUCCGCCUCUUCUGCUAUGAGCAUGGGAAGUCCUCGCAGGGCUUUUCCCACCUCAGCUUCAGAGCGCAUCGCCGUGCAUGAAAGCAGCACCCCGGGAGAUGUUAGCAGUCGAAGAAAAGCUGAGGUUCUGGCUGCAGAAAACAAGCUUUCCGGUCGAGAAAAAGGUGGCCAGCAGACCCAGCAGCAGCACCAGAUGACACCCUCAAAACGGCCUGUCCUCAACAUCUCGCCUCCACCCGAGGACCUGUUCGAUGAGAGCAACAUGUCCUGCCAGGAUGAGAUCCUUCUCGACUCAGAGCAGAGUAGCAGCAUCUGGAUAGAAAACUCGGUGUCCAACUUCAGUAUUGUGAGCUCCAGCUCCUACAAUGACAACACUGAAGUGCCCCGCAAGGCCCGUAAGUGCACCCCGCGACAGAAGCCCGGGCCAAAGCCGGUGCCUCCUGAAGAGGCCAGCAUGGAUGUCUUUGAUGCAGAUAGUGCCAAAGGUCCACACUUUGUGCUCUCGCAACUUGGCCCAGACAGCAAGACCUGUUCCAAAGCAAGCUCUGAUGGACCACAAGCUUCUGGCCUUAAAGGUGGGAUACUGUCUCGUCAGUAUCCUCAGAAAAGUGAAGGGAAAGAACUGAAGAUUGUGGUGCAGCCUGAGACUCAGCAUAGAGCGCGGUACCUGACUGAAGGCAGCCGUGGGUCUGUGAAAGACCGAACACAGCAGGGUUUCCCUACUAUCAAGCUCGAGGGUGUGAAGGAGUCAGUGGUCCUGCAGAUUUUUGUAGGCAAUGAUGCUGGACGUGUGAAGCCCCAUGGCUUCUACCAGGCUUGCAGAGUUACAGGCCGUAACACAACCGUCUGCAGGGAGGUGGACAUCGAAGGCACCACUGUCAUCGAAGUGCCUCUGGAUCCCAGCAGCAAUAUGACUCUGGCUGUAGACUGCGUGGGGAUCCUAAAGCUCAGGAAUGCUGAUGUGGAGGCCCGUAUUGGGGUGGCUGGAUCUAAAAAGAAAAGCACCCGUGCCAGACUGGUGUUUCGAGUCAACAUCCCACGCCCGGAUGGCUCUGUGCUCACGUUACAGACCUCUUCAUCUCCCAUAUUGUGCACACAGCCUGCAGGAGUACCUGAGAUUCUCAAGAAGAGUUUGCACAGCUGUUCGGUUAAAGGGGGGAGUGAAGUCUUUAUUAUUGGAAAAAACUUUCUCAAAGGAACCAAGGUCAUAUUUCAGGAGAGUGCUUCAGCAGAUGAUAAAUCCUGGAAGGCAGAGGCUGACAUUGACAUGGAGUUUUUCCAUCAGAAUCACCUUAUUGUUAAAGUCCCUCCAUAUCAAAAUCCAGCUAUCACAUCUCCUGUAUCUGUUGGUAUCUAUGUUGUUACGAAUGCUGGACGUUCCCAUGAUGUUCAAACAUUUACAUACACUCCAGAGCCAGAAACAUGCUUGUUUGCAGUUGUCGAUUCUUCUGUGAAAAAGGAAAUCUUGCCUCCAGUGACACCUUGUUGUUUUGAACAAAUGAAAGUAAUAGAUACUGCCUUGAUGACGCCAGUUUUGCCUCUUGUUAAACGAGAAGAGGUCACUCCAAUGGAGGUCUCCAGUAACCCCUCUGCCUUCAAGACCUCUGAAGUCAUCAGUUCAGCUCAGCAAGCCUUAGAUAUGAGUGCUGAGAUCUCCACCAAUAACUGCAAAUUUUCCAGUUCGCUGGCACACCAAACAAGAGAACAGGAUCAAUCUCAGAGCUCUGUCUUUUCCAACAAAGAACCAUUCAGCACCAUCCAGGAACAGAGUCUUGCACCCAGUGGCUCUUUCCAUGUGCCUAAUAAAUCUCUCCUCCAGCAAGGAGUACAGCCAUUCCUCUUGGAACACAGAGAGAGUCUCGGACAGGAGAGGACAGGCAUCAGUGGCGGUUCAGUGGUGGGGCUCUCCCAGAUUGACGACAACUCGCAGCAGCAGCUCUCACUUCUACCUCCAGAUGAGGUGGCACAGCUGGAGCAGGCCGUGCGGCAGCUGCAAGCGAAGGGAUUCUGCAACAUCCAUCUCCAGAGUGAGAAUUCACUGUCAAAACAAAGACAACAUCAACUUCAACAGCAGCAGCAGCAACAAUUCCAACAACAGCAGCAGCAAAUCCAGCAGCAGCAACAGCAAAUCCAGCAACAGCAGCAGCACAUCCAGCAACAAGAGCAGCAAAUCCAGUUGCAGCAGCAGCAACACCAGCAACAGCAGGCUUUGGAGAGCUUUCAACAUCAGCUCUUUCAGCCCCAGGUUCAAAUACAUUGUACUUCAGAGCAGCAGAGCUCUUCCCAAGGUAUGGUUCAGAAUGGAAGCUCUCUCUUCCAGCAAACCCCAACACAACAGCAGCAGCAGCAGCAACAAGCAUCCUUGUUUCAACAAGCAACUGGCUUUCUUCAGCAGCAGCCCAGUCAUUCCUCGCCUUCUCUGUUUCACAACCCUACAGCCAUGACCGAAACCCAAAGCCCAACGGAGGCUCUUUUCCACACACAGAAGACCUCACCCAAUCAGGAUCAGGUCCAAGCUUCCCUUUUCCAAAGCAAUCUCACGGUUCUCGGUGGGUCCAACAUGUCAGCGGAAGCUCAGCCCUCUGCGACCAGUAUGUUUCUUUCCCAAAAUGCCAUACCAAGUCAACUUGCUGUUAACGCCGGCCAGCCACAGCAACUGCCCUUUCUCACUUCUAUGCAGACAUCUUCUCUUGAGGCACCAUCUGUAUUUCAGACUCCACCCCAACUGUCCCCCAUUCAGCAAGGCACUCCGAUGGAGCAGCAACAAUCACCACAGCGAGCCAUGUUCCAGAGCAUCUCCCAGUCACCAAGCAAACUCCCCCCUGGUCAGCAGCAGCAGGCUAAUCUACUCCUUGGAUCCUUAAGUUCUCCAGUGACACAAGAGCAAACCUCCAACCUGCUAUUCGUUGGCCAAGUCCAGAUAGGAUCGAUGAACAACAACAGCCUAGCUUCUCCAGACCAACAGAACACUUCCCUUCCCUUCUCUCAGGCCGGCAUGGUUACAGUCAGGCAGCAGGAGUCGUCUGAACCCAUGACAUUUCAGGAUCAGACUACUAUGGUGGUCAACCCGUCCUCGAAUAAGCCCAUCUUCCAAGACCAGCAACCAAUGCAGUUGGCACCAAGUUCUGGUACAGCCCCUUCACAGUCUGUAAACCUCUUCAUGGGCCAAUCCAGCAUGCAAGGGGGUAUGGCUUCUCAAGAAACCCUUUUUGGACCACAAAGUGAUGUAACCAGAAUUCAGACUAGCACUUCCUCUCCAGUACAACAGCCUGGUCAACUCUUUCAGACCACAAUGAGUGGAAGCCUCAACCAGCCCAAUCAGAAUCAGCAGCCAGACCUGUUCCUCUUUGAGAUUCAGAAUGAGUGCCGUCAGCUAAUGAACAGCCAAGGAUCUACACUGUCUGACCAGAUCAUUGCCAUCAAUCAGUCUGGACAGAGUCAGCAAGAGAGCGAAGGGCAAAUCCAGUCUUUACUUGGGCAGUCUAUAGCAGAUCCAGGAACUGUGCAGACCACCUUGACAACCUCUCAGAACAUGGAGAAGAUUGACCACCUUCUGGUGAGCCUUCAGGAGCAAGGCAAUAACAUCUCCCACUCCUAUUAGGGCCUUCAAGGUGUGGCUGCCCAUUCCAUUCCAUACAUGAUUGUAGAUAUUUCUUGCAGACAUAUUGGAUAGUUUGGUAUCCUCUAUCUUGGAUAUUUGAAGAAUACAUGAUGUUGAAGAUAAUUUGAAAAAAAUAGAGUUUUCAGAGCAGGCCAUUCACUCUAUAUAUUGACACUGAGAAAGUAGAGUCGUCUGUUGAAAGAUCUGGCAGAAUCAGCUUCUGUUUUGAUCUGCAAUUCUCCAGAACCCUCUGGAGAACCUCAAUGCAAGAGCAUUUCUCUGAGGAACUUACAUAUGUUCCUGCUAUAAAGACUGUCAUUAGUUCCGCAGCAACCCCACCAUAAAUAAAGGCUUUGAGGCGUCUGAGAUAUAUAUUGAAGUUCCUUGAGUACACAGUAGGAUAUUUGAGGCACCUGGAAACCUAGAGAUUCUGCCUCAAGUAUCUCUUUAUUUUUACAGUGACAGAAAGAGAAGAUCAGGACACAUGGGACGACUGCAGUUAUGCCCGAACAUGAUUUGUAGACACCCCACUUUCUCAGUGAGCCUCGGAUAACUUUGUAAUUUCUAUUUUUAACUGUUUAACAUAAUCAAGAACGCUUGAUAGAAGCAGUGUGCAGUAAGAUUUUUAUUUUCAACACUUUUUGCAAACAGCCGUUAAUACCUUUCUGUCUCGGUACACUUGAGUAUCUAUAAGCUAUUUUGCUUUUGUAAAACUAUUUUAUGCAGUCAAUUGGGGAAAGAAGAUAUCUAAGUGAAAAAUCUAUCUUCCUAGCACUUUAUAUAUACAUAUAUGUUUUCAGUGUGACUCGUCGACAUUUCAUCAAGAUGUCUAUCUCAAACCAUGUUUACUGUAUUAAUAAUUCUAGUGUCUUUCAUCUCUUUAGACUAAUCCGUAUAAUACUAUACCAAUUAGAAAUGCUCAUUCCUGCUUUAAAAAAGCAGUUAUCCGUAAUCUGAAAAACAAAUUGCUUCUGAUAUUUAUGUUUGAUUAUUGUUUACGUUAGUACAUUUAGUUGGUGUCUGCUUUGUUUAGCAUGUCUGAGUGUCCUAUAUUACAUGUGUAUGUGUGACAUAUUAUUUAUAUGUCUUUUACUGAUUUUAAAAUAUUGAUAGUAUAUGCUUGUAUCAUGCUGUGUCAUUGUGAUGGGUUGGGUUGUUUUAUUUGCCAGUGUCUGGUAUGCUGGAACAAAGCAGAUUGUUUUUAUUGGCAAAUCAGAAGGGAGUGUCCAACCAAUAUUUUCGACAAGGCAUACAGUAAAUACAAAUGCUGAAUAUGCUGGGGAAGCAACCCUUGGUCCCACUUUAUAUUAAGUGGGCUUAACUACUAUGUACUUGCAUCAAAAAAUAAGUACAAUGUACUUAUUGUGUUCAUACUGUAUUGCAAAACACUUUUCCUGCUAUUGAGGUGGAAUAUGGGUAAAGUUAGGGACAGGUUUGGUGGUAUGGGUAGGUUUAAGGGUGGGUUAAGGUGUAAGGGAUGGGUCGACAGUGUAAUUAUAAAUGUAAUUACAGAAAUUAAUUACAGAUGUAAUUACAUGCAGGCAUU